CUUUGUUGCGACCAAGUCAACAUCCCGCCAACAAGGGUUCUUCCCCGUCGUUGGUAUCCGGACUCGUGGCCGGGGGAGUAGCUCCAUUCUUGGACACCAAUUCGCGAUCCACCUUACCUUACCGUUUGCUUCCACUUCCAUUUACACAGCAUACGAUCCAACCAUCCUUCAUGCACUACACUCUUUUCCCGUCUUUUGGUGUCCCUAGUCCUACGUUAUAGGCGAUGACAUGAUUAGGAAUCAGCCCAUUAGACCCUCUUUCUCUACAUUACGACAGCUUCAUGGAUACGAUACAUUCGCAAGCUGACGCCGUGCGCAGCGCCGUCUCUUCGGUGACAACAUGUACGCCUACCAUCACAGCUCUUCUCAAGAGCCUCCUCUUACCCAAAGACGAUGCCACGGCCGCGACCGAAACAACAACAAAGACAGCACCAACAACGAGACCGCGAUCGAGAGCAAACAACACGACCACCAAGGCCGCCGCCGCAGCAAAGAAAGAUGAUGGACUCUCGCCCAAGGAAAAGGCAACAUUGGCCACCCAUGUUGUCAACGGAACCCUUCGCGCCCUGAGCGAGUAUGCAAAGAACCCAGCAACUACUGCGAGACCCCCAACGCCCACCAAGCGGCCAGCGCCCCAAGAGGAGGAAUUGUUAAGGUCAGCCACGACGAGAAACCCGCUUCAACGAUGUAGCUCUACAAACUCGACACCACUAUCCCCCCUACAGCCUCGCGCCCUUAACAGGGUCACCACUUCUCCGGCCCUCUCGAAGCGCUCCCUUUCGCCAGCCAAAGCCCCGAAGCAUGACACGAACCUCCUCGCCACGGUCGAAUGUGCUCGCGUUGCUUUGGGCGCCCUGCGCCAGUUACACACGUCCAGCAAGCUCACGCUCCCGGAGCUACAACUCGAGACCGGCAUGUCUUCUCUAAUCGCCAGGUUGAUUACACUAGGACUACACGAUCAAGCUCUCAAGGAACUGCGUAUCUUGAAGAAGAGACUGGAGACAUCGUCCAGUUCGACGACAAUAAAGAAGCCGACUAAGACGACUGCUACCGAACCACCCAAGACGGCAGCGCAAGUAUAUGCGGAGAUACUCGAUUUUGGCCAGGUGAAAUCCUCGGGGCCAGCCCUUGCUCUCGUCAUUACAACACAAAUACAGGCAUUGCGCCUCCUUUCUGCGAACAAAAAGCCAAAUGCGAUCGAAGCCAUCAUCCCACUCCUACGCCAGGACCAUAGCUCAUCACCAACUGCCCUCCUCCUACGGUCAGCGACUGAUAAGGGCGCCGAUGUUGCCAAGAUUGCCCGCCAGAUGGAAACUCUGGCACAAUGCAUGAUAUCGUUGACCCCAAGUGCUGCCAGCAAGGACGACACGCUCAGCAUAGAACCGCGGCUUAGUAUCUCCCCGGUAUCCGCCAUCGAGCUGCAGGCCUUUGCUUUGGAGACGAGAAUACAAUGGUGGAAGUUGGCCAAACAUAAGGGUGAUGCGGAAAAGGAAAUCAUCAUGCCUCUAUCUCGGUACAUGGGCGCCUUCGUGCGUCGGAGCCAGGAGAGUGAGCGCUCUUCUUAUGCUACUUGCCUCUCAGUCUUCACCAGGGUUCGCUCUCAGCUCGAUACUUACGGAGCACAACUCUCUGAAGCUUCACGGACACCUCUUUCUCAGAUUUACCAGGUUUUGGCGGUUCUGGCACGAGAGGCGGGAAAGUUGGCAGAUGCGGUUUCUUGGGCGACGAAGCUCAAGGAAGGGGUCGAUCCAAAGGUGGACUCUGUCGCCAAGAUAUGCUCCAUCUCAGCGCAACUAUUGUCCCUCCAGCUCAAGGACCCGGUAAAGUACUGUCAUGAUAACCAGCUUCUCGAGGAGGUAGUUGCUGGUCUCUCAGGUCCCCUGCGGGGUGAUUCCAGCGACCUCGACGAGCUGCUCAAUAAUGUCUGCUCCGUCAGGAGGGCAGCGAUGAAGCUUCUUCUUGCCCUGCUGAAAAAGGAAAGUGAUGGGUUUGCUGAUUUUACUUCCAAUUGCCGAGAAUCUCUAGAAUCAUUUGUCCUCCAAUGUCCUCGUUUCUGUUUACGAUGGCUCGGUAAACCCCCGGAGCCCAAGAGCAGCACCAAGGACUACCUCAGAUACGAACAGCGCCGUCAACUACUCCUACAGUCUAUACAGCAUACCCUCGACUCAUCAUUCAUCAUCGUCAAGACCCGCCUCGAAGAGAAGAGGCUGGCCUGGGAUUUUAUGGAUUCGCUUCUCAAUGAUUGUCUUUUGCUCUUGGAAUACAUAGGGGACAUGGGUGCUGCUGGCUCGCAGAGCAUGUACCAUGUCAAGAUUUCACACUUUUACUAUCUACAGUACAAUGUAUUACGACAACAAUCUACCGGACCCAAGGAUGUGGCGCCCUUACGAGCUCUCCGUCGCUCGAUCGAUUGCGUGAAACACAGAUCGGCAGCAGAGAAAGACAAGGCGCAGCUCAUCCUGAAGUUGGAGCGGAUGGCCGAGCUGGCUCGGACAUUGGGCAGGAAUGAGCAGGCUCUCGCCGCGCUACAGACAAUUAGAACGAGCAUGUUGGAUGAUGGUAUCCUCGGAAGCGUUGCUGGCGCACUAGCGACAGAUUCGCCGCUCAUCGUGUGGCAAAGGGACGAGAAGGCCGAGACUCUGUCCCGUGCUCUGGUUGCUAUCGCGAAGAUGGAGCAUGUCUUCAUGGAUUGGACGGUGGAUCUACCAGAAGCCGAACAAUCUGCCGGACUCGAACACCGGUUGCACUACAUUCUGCUGGGUGGCAAUCCAACCAUGAGUGGGAGAAAGAGGGAGGAAGAGAUUACUCUCGAGCACCCUGUUGUGGAUGCCUUGCUCCGCAUCUAUAUCCCGACACGGUAUCCCAUACGAAGACUCAGAGUGCUUUUGGCGCUCCUGAGCUCUGCCAUUGGGAACCAGCGGAAGGUACCCGAGUUGCUUGCUAUCACUAGGGAUGCUACGCAGGUGGAACCGGAUAACCUUGGUGAGGAUGCUGGAUUAGCCCGCUUUGUGCCGCAUAUGGGAGCAUUCUAUCACUCUAUCACAGCAUUGUCGGAUGGUUACUCUGAUCUUGGAGCGGUUCAACGAUGCCUUGAGACGUGGAAGUCGAUCGUCAAGUCUUGCCAAACCAAAACGGAUGUGGAGCGAUCAAUCGACGAUAUCCCUGGUCUUUUGGAUCAUCUGCAGGCUAUGGCCGACUUUCUGCGGUUGAGCGGUCACGAUAACAUGGUAGCUAUGGUCCUGGAACUGACGGCGGAUAUCGCCAAACUAGCAGACGGCCCCAGGCUGGAAGACAUUAUUCAGCAUGCCUCAACGAUGGCUCUGCAAUACACCAAUCUCGGCCAGUCCAUCAAAGCUGAACAGACUUUCGCCGAGACACUACAGUAUCUGAAGAAGCAAGCUGACUUACCCGGUGACGCGGUUGCCACUUUCCACCUCUCGUGGACGGAACACUUCAUCGCCGUUGGUGAUCUCACUCAAGCAGAAUACCAUCUCUCUCAGGCCCGGGCUGCAGUCGAGGCUGAAGCUGUUCCAGGAAAGGUCUCCCGUGCUCGGCGGAAAUAUCUGGUAGCCUAUGCUUCCUACCUUCACUCUCUCGUUACUCAGGAACGCGGUGAAUCUCACCAUGCCCUGGUCUAUGCUAGAGAGAGCGUCCGCUGCAUCUUUCAGGACUGGGUCAAGGUAGAACAACAGUUAGCAGCAGCGAAAUCAUCCGCCCGUUCGUCAACCGAUGACUCAGCCAUGUUCAAUACCGACGACGCCACUUGCGAUCUUUCGGCCACCGGCAAAGAGACGCCUUACCUGGGACCAGAGUCGUGGAAACUUGCCCUUACUCUGUACCGAAACACUCUACGCUUGUCUUCCAUCUACGCACACCUGGGUAUGUUCCAAGAGACGAUGUACUACGCGGAGCAGGCACAGAAGAUCGCCAAUAGCGCCAACUCGGAGAUUCUCAAAGCUGGCUGCGCGACCUGGAUGGGCUCGGUGUACGUCAAGGCGGCCAACAUCCCCAAGGCGAUGGAGAUGUUGCAGGAGGCAGCUAAUCUGCUACCGGAGGAAAGCAAUUCGUAUUCUUCGGCCGUGCUGGCUUGCCAGAUUGGGGCUAUGUGCUUGGAUCUGAAGAGCUUUGAGGGUGCCGAGGCGAUGAUUGGGAGGGCGGAGGCGAUUUUGGAAGGGUUGAUGGAGGUUAGUGCUACGUCGGUGCCGGUUGCUGGGGAGAAGACGGAGGAUGAGGAGAAGGGGACGGCCAUGAAGGGAGUCAAGGGACCUGCGGCUGUAAGACAACUGUCGAAGGCGGUGAAGAGUGGACAUUCGAGACCUGCGCUUGCGGCGAGACCAAAGACGGCGGCACCUGUUCCUUCCCCUCAGCCUGUUGAGGAUGCUCAGCUUUCGAAACUCAGAGCGGCCAUCAUGGUGCAAAAAGCAACGGCGAAGCUGGCGAAGAAGGAUUGGAAUUCGGCUUUGGCGAUGCUUGAUGGAGUCAAAACGCGGUCCAAGAAGUCGCUGUCUGCGAUCAUCUCGGAUGAGCAGAUCAUCAUGGCGUCCUGUCUGCUGGGCAUGAGCAUGGAGCAGAUGGCCCACGAUCCGGUGUUUUCGGUCAUUCACGACUCCACCAUUUCAUAUCCUGCUGUUUCUGAUUCCCAUGGAAAAGAUAGGGUUUCUGGAGGUCACCCAGCUGUUCUUCAGGAGAGAAGGCGGGUUGCCACUAAGGAUACCACAGAUCAGGAAAAGGCGGAGUAUGUGGAUAAUCUACGCCAGGCGCAGCAAGCCCUUCUCGAGGCCCAUGCCGUGGCCACAGUCUGCGGUGACUCAAGUCUCAUUCACAAGAUCUCUGUGAUGCUGCAGAAUGUCGGUCUCCUUCUUUCCGCUACGGCAUCAUCUGGGAAGGCCAAGGCAUCCACCCCUUCUGGACACACUGCCUAUUCCGUCGAGCUGGGCCGAAACCUCACGUGGCGCAGAGAACGCAAAGCUCUCACGCUGGAGAAGAACGGACCCAAGACUGAUGCAUACAGCUGGCCUAAUUUCACGGACUUGCCUGUUGAGCCCCUUGGUCGGAUGAGUCUGGGCUUCUCGCUGGACCUGCAAAAGUUCCAGAGAGACUACAUCGACAUUAUUCCCAAACCUUGGAGUGUGGUGUCUAUCUCACUGAGCGACAACAAGCACGAUCUGUGCAUCACCAAGCUACAGGCAGGUUGCACACCCUUCGUUCUUCGACUUCCCCUUGAUCGUGCCAGCUCGCGCGACGCAGACAAUGAGGUGUUCAACUACCAGCAGGGAAGGGCUGAGUUGCUGGAAAUUAUUCGCUUGGCCAACGAAACUUGCCACGAUGCCCGAGACUUCUCUGUGAAGGGCGCCAAGACUGCUUGGUGGGCAGACCGUGAGGCGUUGGAUAAUCGCAUGAAGGAUCUGUUGACGAACAUUGAGCAGAUCUGGCUCGGCGGCUUCAGGGGUAUUUUCAGCCAGCACCAGACUCAAGGCGGCAAGAGGAAGGAGUUGAUGAACAAGUUUGGGGCGACAUUCGAAAACAUGUUGGACAAGUAUCUUCCCAGCCGGAGACAGGUGCAUCAUCGCGGGAAGAAUGCUGGCGGCGGUCAGGAGCCGCGGUCAGAGAAAGUCACCGUUGAUCCUCGCAUCUUGGAACUCUUCAUCGGUCUUGGCGAUGCCACUGCCACUUCCGGCGGCCAGAACGUCGAUCUCGACGAGGAACUCACCGAUCUCCUUUAUUUCGUUGUCGACAUCCUCCAGUUCCACGGCGAGCGCAACGCCUACGACGAGAUCGACUUUGACUCCAUGGUCGUCGAAAUGCUAGACGCCCUGCACGCCUAUCACGCGGCUGUCAACGAACUCGACGGGGGCGGCGACGAGCACGCUCACACCAUCCUCAUGCUCGACAAGGCUCUGCACGUCUUCCCCUGGGAGUCUCUCCCGUGCCUGCAAAACCUAGCCGUAUCCCGCAUGCCUAGUCUAGGCUGUCUUCGCCGCGCCAUUCUAGACAUGAAGGCCCCUAGACCUGCUCAUGCUCAACCAACAAAGGAAGAAGACGGCGACUCAAUAAUGUUGGACGCCGACACCAUUCCCACUGGGACAUCACCAUCCCACCAACCCCAAGGCCACCACGCCUCUUCUGUCAGAGGCACCUACAUCCUCAACCCCUCCUCCGACCUCCUCACCACUCAAAAGACCUUCAGCCCCCUCCUAACCUCCCACCUCGGCCCCUCCCCCUCAUCAUGGACAUCCAUCACCGCUCGCCCGCCCACCGAGUCCGAAUUCGCCUCGGCGCUCACCAACUCCGACAUCUUGUUAUAUUUCGGCCACGGCUCCGGCGCCCAAUACAUCCGCGGCCGCACCAUCCGCCGCCUUUCCCCGCGCUGCAAGGCCACGGUCCUGCUGAUGGGCUGCAGCUCCGCCAAGCUGAACGAGGCAGGCGAAGGGUUCGAAGUCUAUGGUCCGGCGUGGAAUUACAUGAUGGCGGGCGCGCCGGCGGUGGUCGGGACACUGUGGGAUGUUACGGAUCGGGAUAUUGAUCGGUUUACGGGCAGGGUUUUGGAGGAGUGGGGACUUUUGGGGAGGGGGGGGAAGGGUUUGGAUAAGGGGGAUGAUGAUGGAGGUGAGAAGAGGGAAACGACGGAGGGUGAGUGUGAGGGAGAUGGAUAUGGAGAUGGUGAAGAGAAGAACGGGAAGAAGAAGAGUUUGGUAGAAGCGGUGGCCAGCGCGAGGGGAGCGUGUCGGUUUCGCUAUGUCACUGCGGCUGCUAUUGCUGUUUAUGGUAUUCCUGUUUAUCUUCAGCAAUGAGCAUCAAUCAGGAGAAAGACAAAAGUCUGAUUUUGGGGGGUUGCUUCGUUGGUUGGGAAAAAGCGGUAUUGGUAUGGUAUGGCGAAGCAUAUCUUAGAUGUGUCUGUCUGUGUUUGUGUGUUGUGUCUGGGUAGUGUUGUGGGUAUGAAGGGCUUGUGGAAGGGCAGCAUCGAAAAAUGAUGGCUGUUUUUCUUGUGUCUUGUUUCUCUUUUAGAAAGGAGGGUUUAGCUUGUUUUGUUUUUGUUUUCCUUUGCUUUGCUUUUGGUCUUAUGGAUUAUGAUGACGUGCGUUGGGUUUACCUUACUUAGCUUUGUAUAGCCUGCGCGGCGCGGAGUUUCGAGUGCAUUGUUCGGUUAUAGAGAGAUGAUUGUGAUGAGAAAUGGUAUGGUAUGGGAAU